AAAACAUUUUAAUGUUGUCUACUGGAUAGUAGGCCUAUAUUAAAAUUAUAUAGUAAAUUGAUUGAUCAGUAAGUACUUUCUUUCUUAUUUCUUCAGGCCUACUAACUAACCUUAACUGUACUUACUGACUUACUAGCAUGUCGUUUUUAAUUACAACUGCAAAAAUUUUUAACAAAUCUUUAUUAAAGAAUAAAUUGAAAAUAACAAAAGAGACUUUAGGUACCGGUAUAUAUUAUAUGUGAGUAUUUGGUUAAAAUAUUUACCAGUCAACAAAAAUUAUAAUUAGGCCUAUGUAACAUUUACUUUCACUAUCACUUAGAAUUACUAGGAAUGUCUGCACAAAGUGCCAUUGACCAGUUCGCAUUGCCAGCAGCAGUGACCAUCCUUGGUAUAUAUCAAUUAAGUAAGGGACUAUAUAUAUAUUAAUUCAAUCAAUCACUAUCCCUCUGUCUUUUGAUUUUGAUCCUGAUCCUUUAUUUUUUUUCACUCUUAACGACCAUUGUCUAGUUCACUGAGGUAGGCCUACACUCAUGGGAUCAGCACUCUAUUUUGAGAACAGUGUUAAUUUAACACCAUGUUUUAUUUAUAAGACGUGGGGUCUACAUAAUAAUUUUUAUAAGUAUUUCUUCAGUGAGGUCUCACCAGGGUUGUCAACCAUACAUAAGUGUAAAGACAGUAUAUGUGUUAGAUUGAAAAUGACUCGUUCUUUUGAGUUGUGUUAGGUUGAAAAUGACUUGUUCUUUAGAUUCUGUGAGAAUCUUAGGAUGUUCAUAUAAAAUGAGACACUUAUAAGAAAUAUUUUAAAGUGAACAAAUGGUAAUGUCGGCAUUUAUAUUUUUUCUUGAUUUCUUUUGACUUAUAUUAUCAUAAUCAGGUGAAAAUCAACACUUCAAAAACUGUUCUAUAAUAUAUUAAUUUUAUGAAAUAGGCUUAUGCCUUAUGUCUUAUGGGCAUGACAUAGAACCAGGGACGUCAUUUGGGUAGGGCAGGGUGGGGCAUUUUCCCGCCACACCAUGAAUUUACAGGUGUUAUUUAAAUUGCUAUAUACUGUAGUGUCUCCAGGAACAAGCCGACCAAGUUUUGGUUCCCCUCACUUUAAAAAAACCUGAAAUGACGCCCCUGCAUAGAGCUAUUGUCUUAAGGAUGUCUGAACAAUUAAUAGUUUUAAAAUAUCAAUAAGGUUAUUUAAAACUGUCUGUACAAACAUUAGUUUGUAAAAAUUUUGGAGAUUUAGAAUAUGUGUUAAUAAAUUUUAUUUCAUUGAGUUUGCAACUCUUGGGUGCUCCACUGCUCUUGUUGAAUAGAUCUUUCUUAGUAGAUGAUAACUUUUUAAAUCUGCGAACGGUAACAGUUUAAUAAUAUAAGUCAUCAUUCUUCAUGAAGUUCACAACUCUUCAAUCUUUUGGGGCUUUUAGAAAACAUUUUAUAGUUUCAGAUAUUUUUUUAAAAAUCGUACAGGCCUUAAACUUUAAUAACCAGUUGAUAUAUUUUACAUAACAUUAUCAUUUUAUACUUGCAGCAUAUAAGUUAUUGAUAUAGAUUAUUAUCUGGAUUGAAAUUUAUUAUUUAUUUUUGGACAGGUGUAAGAUUUGUAACUGCUGUUGUUAAGUCAAGGCAAAAAUUUAAAGUUCAAGUUCCAGAUACCAAUGGACCACCUGAAUUUAUAAGGACCUACAGGGCUCAGUAAGAAUCUAGCAAUUUUUAUUUCUUCUUUAGCAUAAUAAGAAGUCAGAAUUUUUUUUUUCUAUAUCCAUGAGAAAUAAGGUUGUCUAUAAAAUGACAUUGUCAACAGUUGUUAGGCAUCUGGGUGAAUUAAUUACACUCUUAUGCUUCAGAUCAGGGGUCGGGAACAUUUUCAUGGCAAAGUGCCAAAUAUUGAAUUUCGACCUAGUAACUAGUAGCAUCCAAGAGCAACAUGAGAAAGAUCAAAGAGCCACGUGCGGCUCAAGGCUCCCUGAGCCACAUGUUCCCGGCCCAUGCUUAAGGUUGUCUAGUCACUCUAAAUGUUAGUGAGAUUCGCAGGUAAAUUUAAAUUUCUGUUUUAACAUGUUCGUUAAAAUUGAUAUACUUCUCACAAAAUAUAGUUUAUAUAAUAAAUAUUCAUUGAUUUUUAUUUAAGAGCUGUUACUUUCUUCUACGUGCAGCCAGAAUACACUUGAAUUUUAUCCUGUAUCUGUUGUUUGCCUGUGGAUUGCAUCACUAUUCUUUCAUCCUGGUAAUUAAAUAGCCUCUGAUUAAUUUUUAAUGAAAUUUUUUUAACAAUAAAUUGAUUAGAAAAAAUUUGAUAAGCUAAAGCAGUGGUUCUCAACCUUUGAGCACUGACAGCUCAAAAUAUAUUUGUCGAGUUUUUGAGAAAACCCCCCCAUACCAGGAUUAUUCUUAGAUAUUGAGGAUUGAGUUUUGUAAAGAUAAGGGGCGAAUAUAGACUGUAAUUUAUUUAGCAAUAUUUUAUCAAUCAUUAAUUUGUGUACAUUUGUUCAUGUUUAAAGGAUAAUAAUUUUAUAAUAAGUGCAGGAGCAAAUAAUAAUCAAUGCUAUUUUCUUUUAGAAAAAGUUACUGCUUUUAAACCAGUACAAUAUUUCAUUUCUAUUGACAAGACUACUUUGAGAAAUAAACUAUUUACAUAAAUUUACUCCAAUAAAGAUAAGCUUAGCAAAAUAUCUGAUAUGAGAAAUGCAAUAUUUAUUGUAAAUUUAGUUCCAGCUUCAGUUGCAUACCUUGGUUUUUUGAUUGGAAGAGAGAGAUAUUUCUGGGGCUACAUAGAAACGGCAGAUAAAAGGUAAUUGCUUUAACUCAACUGCAUUUCUUUAAAUAAAUGUGAAAAAAACACUUCCCACCAACCAAACAUCAAUCUGUCCUUUUGCAGUAUUUUUAAUCAUAUUUAGCUUUCAGUACAUAGCUACAAUGAAAGCAGAUAAGGAGAGUUUUGCAUCUUGCUAAAUGUUAAAUGAUCCUUUGCAAAUGUUAGAUAUUUCCAUUGCUUUUGAUUUCUUAUUUUCUUUUCAGGAUACCAGGAUUUAAGUUCAGCAUAAAAUGUCUGAUUGGGCUUUUUGCCAUGUGCAUUUUUGGUGUAGUGCAUAAAUUUGUUCGUUAUUAUGGAGGCAUUGAUAUAUGGCUUAAGAUCAUAAGUAAUGGUAGCUUUUCAGAAAGUGACUUGUAAUAAAAUCUUAGAAAAUAUGGUCUUCUUUUUCCAAUCCUGCAUAUUUUCAACCUUGUCAUCAUUGUACUCACCAGUAAAAAUGGACCUAUAUAUCAAGCCUUCUUUUCAGUUCUUUAUUAAUCUUUUACUAAAUACAUUUUUUUACUAAUUGACAAUUAUAUUAUUAUUAUUAUUAAUUUAUUCUUUUAAUUAAUUUUAUUAUCUAUGCAAUUUACAUCAAUUUUUAUCAUAUGUUUAAAAUAGUUUUACUUGAUGUAUGAAUACAAUAUUAAAAAAAAGUGGCAACAUAAGUUUAUACUUUUAAAAGCAAUAAAGUUUGUAUAUUUAUAG